CAAAUCAUACAGUGAAACGACAGUUUACUUGAAACAAUACUUUAAUAACAUUCGUAACAACGUAAGAAAACUGAGAUGAUGAAAUUGGAGGUACUAUUACACAGACUGAGUCUGACUGUGCUCCACCUAUGCAGCCUUCCAGGUACACUGUUUGAAAGGGAAUUGUGGUAAUCUGGUAAUGUGGUUUAGGAAAUCACCAGAACCUUGGACUUGUAAACAGGAUAUUAAUACAUGUAGAACCUUCUAGAUGUUAGUAGUAAAUACUUAGUCUUGUACUAGUUUAAUCUAGUAACUUCUUAUUCUGGAACAUUCUUACUGUUCUGUUUUUGUAUAAAUAUUUGUGCACGUUUUAUAUCUAUCAGAGUUCUAAUUAUUUAAGUUAUUGAUUACAAGACAUUACAAUUGGCGACGAGGAUUGUGGAUCCCAAAGUCACAGAAGAUGGCAACGGCUCAAUUCGGAACUCUCAAUGAAUUUAACGCAUCUGCAGAAUCGAUUACUGCAUACCUCGAGCGAGUGGAACUUUAUUUCUCCGCAAACUCUGUGGCACAAGACAAGAAAGUAGCCACUUUUCUGAGCGUUGUAGGACCCACUGUCUACUCUACUCUCCGAGAUCUAUUCGCACCAACGUCACCCAAAGACAAAACACUGAGGCAAAUUUUUGAUCGGCUGAAGUUACAUUUUGAACCAAAAAGGACUGUUAUUGUCGAAAGACAUCACUUUCACAAACGCGACCAAGCCGCAGGGGAAUCUAUCGCAGACUAUGAAGCUGCUCUCCGAAAUCUUGCCACACACUGUGCAUUUGCUGCUUACCUCGAUGAAGCUCUCCGAGAUCGUUUUGUCUGUGGCAUACGAGAUGAUUCAAUUCGUCGACGACUGCUCUCAGAGAGAGACCUCACUCUAACUCAAGCUAUUGAACAAGCUUUGGCAAUGGAAGCUGCAGCAAAGAAUGCUCUUUUUGUCAAUAGUCAUGAGCAUGGCAUCAAGAAGCUACACUUUCGACCAAAACAGCGGAUGGCUCAACUACCAACCACCUGUUCCAGAUGUGGAAAAUCCAACCACACGGCCAGGGAUUGUAAAUUCAAGGACGCUACUUGCCAUGCGUGUGGGAAGCGAGGACAUAUUGCUCCAGCUUGCAGAUCCAAACAAGCCAAGAACUCCAAACCCAAGCCAACUGGAUUGAACCAGCCAGCCAGAAGCCAGCACACGAAUACUGUUCAAACUAACGAGACAACAAAAACCGACUCAGAAUCGGAAGAAUUUUACAACUUGAAGCUCACAACACCAGCUGCUACUUCACCUAUUGAAGUUUCAGUGGAGAUUGAAGGGAAAACAUUGUCAAUGGAAGUUGAUACAGGAGCUGCCGUCUCUAUAAUUUCAGAGGUUACUCGAAAAGCUAUUCUUCCAAAGCUAAAACCCAAGAAAAGUACUCUCAUUCUCAAGACCUACACUGAUGAACCACUCAAGAUUGUUGGGCAGCUCAAUGUAAACGUGACCUACGAAAAACAGAGUGCACAACUACCACUGAUUGUAGUUACCGGAAAUGGCCCUAAUCUCUUUGGAAGAAACUGGUUGAAAUACAUUCGACUUAACUGGCAGCGCAUUGCCACUGUCAGAAAUCCUUCACUCGGUCUCAAGGAACUACUGGAUCGACAUGACACUUUAUUCAAAGAUGAACUGGGAACCAUCCAACCACAGCAAGCUACUCUCCAUGUGCAAGCAGAGGCGACACCAAAAUUCUUCAAGCCCCGACCAAUGCCGUUUGCUCUCAAGGAUGCUGUUGGACAGGAAUUAGAUCGACUUGAGAAGCACGGAGUCAUUAAAAAAGUUGACUCUAGUGAUUGGGCUACACCUAUUGUGACAGUACCAAAACCUGAAGGAAAGAUUCGGUUAUGUGGAGAUUAUAAAGUCACCAUAAAUCAAGUUCUCACUGUGGAUCAAUAUCCACUACCCAAACCUGAAGAUUUGUUCGCCACUCUAGCAAAUGGACACAAGUUCACUAAGCUGGAUCUUCGUCAAGCCUACCUACAACUCCAACUUGAUGAGUCCUCCAGAAAAUAUGUCACAAUCAAUACGCAUCAAGGCCUGUAUCAGUACACACGUCUACCUUUUGGCAUUGCUUCUGCUCCAGCCAUAUUCCAACGGCUUAUGGACACUAUUCUGCAAGGGGUACCUAAUGUUGUUUGCUACAUUGAUGACAUUCUGGUGACGGGCAAUAGCGAGGACGACCACCUGAACAACCUCAAUGAAGUGCUAUCCAGACUCGAAAAACAUGGUUUUCGGUUGAAGAAGGACAAGUGCAAGUUUAUGACAAAUUCUGUGGAGUAUCUAGGUCAUCAGAUUGACAGGGAAGGCAUUCGAGCACUCUCACACAAGGUCAACGCAAUAGUCAAUGCUCCUCAACCAACAAAUACCCAGGAAUUACGUUCAUUCCUAGGACUAAUCAACUACUAUGGGAAAUUCAUAUGCAACCUGGCAAGUCUGCUCCAUCCACUAAAUCAGCUACUGCAAGCUAACAGGAGGUGGGAAUGGACUGAGACCUGUUCACGAGCAUUUCAAGCAUUUCAAGACGCCAAGGAUCAAUUGGUUUCAGCGGAUGUCCUCACCCAUUACAAUCCUGAGCUACCCCUUCGAAUGGCAGCAGAUGCUUCAGCCUACUGCUUCAGCCUACGGUAUAGGAGCAGUCAUCUCACACCUUCUCCCAGAUGGAAGUGAGAAGCCAAUUUCAUUUGCUUCACGCACUCUCACACCAAGUGAAAAGAAUUACUCUCAACUUGAAAAAGAAGCUCUUUCACUUAUAUUCGGUGUCAAGAAAUUUCACCAAUAUCUCUAUGGCAGGAAAUUCACCCUGAUAACUGACCACA